AUGGCAACAAAUAGUCUCUCGAGCACAAUUGUCCUUGAACUUCUUAGAAAUGACAAUUAUGCCAAUUGGUGUGCUUGGAUGAAAAAUUAUUUGUUGGCUCAAGAUCUUUGGGACAUUGUCCAAUCAACCACGGAACCUCCUAAACUAGAAGAUGCUGUAGUUGGAUUUAAGGCAUGGAGAAAGAAUAAUGCUGCAGCUUUACAUUCAAUUCUAAUUUCGUGUGAGGUGGACAUACUACCGGGGAUUAGGAAAAUCACUUCCGCCAAAAAUGUCUGGGAUGAAUUGGCUAGAAUGUAUGGACCAGGGGCAGGCAGAAUAAACAACGACCUCCUUGAUCAGUUCGAGCCCUUACGUACGGCUAUCAAUAAUGGUAACUGGGAUGCUGCAAACGAUUUUCUUAGUCACAAUGAAGAUGCAAAGAGUGCAACAAUUACAGACCGUGGAUCUACUGUUCUUCACGUGGCUGUCUUCGCGGGAAAUAGGGAAAUUGUGGAGAAUUUAGUGGAGUUAUUGUCGGAGGAGGAAUUAGAAAUCAAAGACGAUGAAGGUUUCACAGCUCUAGCCAGGGCUGCCGUUCAACAAAAUAAUACUGGGAUGUUAGAUUGCAUGCUUAGAAAGAACAAUAACUUACUUGACAUCCGAGACAAUUCCAAUCGUAUACCGCUUAUAGCAGCUCUAGAGUAUGGAAAUAUAGAAUUGGCACGCUAUCUCUAUCCUGCCCCUCUGAAUUAUAAUCAAAGAUUAAGCGACAUCGAUGCUUCCACGGUUCUUACCCAGUUCAUACUUCUCAAUGAUUUUGAUCUUGCUCUGCGCUUCCUCCAGCAUUGCCCACGUGCUGCUGUUGUUCCAAACAAGUAUGAUAGUUCCCCUUUGGCCGCAUUGGCUUCAAAGUCUUCUGCAUUCCCGAGUGGGACCCAGCUCAACUGUGUGGAAAAAUGGAUCUACGACGGUAUAUCCGUUCCAUCAGCACAGUUCACCAAUGAAAUUCAGAUAGACAUCCAAAGCCCAAGUGAACACCAAAGUGAUCAACUAAGCAUUAUCGAAUUAGCAUUGCUAGGCCUAUAUCGUCAGAUAGCUUUGAGAAACCGUCAGCUCUAUGGCAUCAGAAUCAAGACAAAUUUACUUGAACUAAAGAAGCUCCAUCAGCAAGCCCUUGAUCAACUUCUACCUAAAAUGUGGAGUCAAGUAAAGCAAAUGAAUGGUGAUUAUGUUAAUGGAGUCAUCUUACAAGCCAUCAAGGGAGGGAAUUUUGAGUUUAUUGAUGAGAUACUUAAAGUAGAUCACCAUCUUCUAUAUACCACUGAUACAAUGGGAAGAAACAUAUUGUUUUACGCGGUCCUAUAUCGUCAAGAUAAGAUUUUUCGCUGUAUCUUGCAAAAAAUAAGGAAACUUGAUGCGAGAAAUUUAAUUAUAAAUGCUUGGGAUAAAUCAAGUAGCACUAUCUUGCACAUGGCAGCGAUGUUAGAAUCACCCACUAAAAGUGAUUGCCUUAACCGCGAAGUUUUGAAGAUACAGAGCGAAUUUAGAUGGUUUAAGGUUUUUGAUCAUUGUUUCAAGGACGUGGAGAGCAUUUGCCUUCCUUGGAUUAAGGAAAUUCGAAAUGAUACAAAGAUGACAGCCAAAGAACUUUUUACCCAUAACCACAAGGACAUAAUGAAGGAAGGAGAGACAUGGAUGAAGAGCACUGCAACUUCUUCUACAGUGAUAGGAGCUCUCAUUAUUACCAUUAUGUUCACUGCAGCAAUCACUAUUCCAGGAGUAUUGGUCUUUCUUGAAAUUCUUACAUUGCGGUAUACUGAAGAAGAUUUUUUAAAUUAUGUUUCUUCAAAGAUGUUAAUAGGAUAUUACACUCUUUUCAUCUCUAUGGCAACUAUGAUAAUUGCCUUUUGUGCUGCUCUUUUCAUUAUGCUACCCCGAACUUCAUGGAUGGUCAUUCCUGUCAUUUAUCUUGCUACUAUUCCUGUCUACCAAUUCGCUUUUAUGUUGUUCAGCCUUGUAAGAGUUCUAAUAAUGUCCAUUCGGGAUGAAUUUUUUAUGGUACGUGUUAGUGAUGUAUUAACGAAUUUUGGUCGUUUGUAA